AUGAAGCGGGCCGUGGUCGGGUGUGCCAUCACCCUCUCGACCCUCCAACACGCCUCGCUGCUCCUCUCGAUCGAACUGUCAUCAACAUCAUCGUCAUCAUCUCCAUCUUCAGCCAGGUCUGCGGCCUCACCACUGUCGCUGGCGGUGGUGCUCCUGCUGGCGUCGACUGCGGUGUCGGUCAGCACGCUGGGCUUCCUCGCCUGCACACGGCGGGUGUGGCCCAGCGUGUUGGCCUUCGCCUUCCAUAUCGACGUCCUGGCGCUGACACUGGCGCUCAACUACGGCAUCGCCUCGGAGUUUUUCACCUGGUUGGCUGAGAACAUCCACGUGAUUGUCGACAUCAAAGCACUAGUACUGGUGUGGGGCUUCGUCGUUCACUUUAUCACCGCCUCCGCCACCGGAGCCUCUUCGUCUUCAACAUGUUCUUCCGCCUCAACUGCAGUAGGCCACACCAUCGAGCUGACGCCCGGGACCAAGCUCGUUUGCUGCGGGCUGAGCCUGUUGGCCGUGGGCGUGAUCGCGCUUGUCCUCUACUCGCCGCCGCGACCGACCACGCCCAAGCUUCAACUCGACCAGUUAGCGUCGUCGUCCGUUGCAGCUUCGGCUGCUGCCGACCCCAAGGCCCAGCUGCUGGCCCACAUCGGCCAGGAGAUCAAGGCGCCGCUACACGGCAUCCUCUCACUGGCGGCCCAGGUGGUCGACUCGCUGCCCAGUCGGCUGUGGAUUGAAAAGGAGUGCGUGCGGCGCAUCGUGGACUCGGGUCAUGUCAUGCUCUGCAUCAUGGACAACCUGCUCGAUUUCCCCGCCAUCAGCACCUCCCAGCUCCGCCUCCAGAACACCCUCUUCUCCAUCGUCGACGAGUUCAACCAGGUGCUGAGCAUUCUGAAGCCAUCGGCCUUCAAGAAACAGAUUACGCUGGAGAGCACCAUCGACGUGCGCUACCCGCAGCGCUUCGGCGACCCCAAGCGCUUCCGCCAGGUGCUGUUCAACGUCGCCUCCAACGCGAUCAAGUACAGCCCGGAGAAGGGCUGCGUGCGCCUGUACCUCACCAACACCCGCCUGAACUGCAACCGCAUCGAAGUCCGCGUCGAGGACACUGGCGUCGGCAUCUCCAGCGACCUCAUCCCCCACCUCUUCGAGCUGCCUCAUCUGGAUGAGUCGACUCCCCUGCCGGGCGGUCCCGGACUCAGCCUGGCCGUCAGCAAGCUCCUGUGCGAGGCCAUGAACGGUUACAUCGAGUGUCAGUCGAAGGUGGGCAAGGGCUCGACGUUCAGCUUCGCGGUCGACAUUCCCAUGCACGAGGAGGCGGCCCAGGAGUACGUGCGGUCCAAGUCCGCCGACUCGCUCAGCCUCCGCCGCAAGUCCGAGGGCGCCGAGCCCGUCGUCUUUGACGACAAGGACGCCCUCCUGGCCAGCGCUGACCGCCGCUGGGCGCGUCGACACUCGCUCGCCAGCACUUCAUCGUCAUCGUCAUCGUCAUCGUCUUCUUCAUCUUCGUCGCCGCGCAAGCGGAGGCCCAACACCCAGUCACUACCGCAGCAGACCAGCAGGCCGCGUCGCCAGCGCGCCAACUCCCUCAAGAGCCAGGCGCAGCCCCAGGGCCACGACCACAGCAGCAGCGUCGCUUCGGCCCCUAGCAGCAGCCGCAGCCGCCGCCGACACAGCAACGACAACGUCGACAACAACCGCGACGACAACCGCGACAACAACGAGGCUUGCCAGGCGGCGCCCGAGUUGGAUCUGUACAACAACGGCAGCGGCGACCAGGCCGGCGCGACGAAGGAAGUCUUGGCUUCGACGACGUUGUCGGGCGCGGCGCCGGUGAGGGCGAUGAGCCAAGACGAACUGAUGGCCAACACCACCGCCACGGCCACCUCGGCCCCCGCAAGCGAGAGGGCGGCGGCGACCGAGCGCCGCGGCGGGAGCGUGAUCGUGACGUCAUCGACCAGAAGCGGCGACAGGGCUGUCGACAAGGAGCAGAAGAAGCUGCAGGAGCUGUACCAGGGGCUGCAGGGCACGCGCGUGCUGCUGGUCGAAGACAACAUGGUCAACCAGAAGGUGGCCAAGCUCAUGCUGACGUCACUCGGCUGCGAGGUGGCCAUCGCCAGCAACGGCCAGAUCGGGCUCGACCUCAUGGCCCAGCGCGCCAACGCCGGCGCCGAGGCCUUUGACGUGGUGCUGAUGGACCUGCAGAUGCCGGUCAUGGACGGCUUCAUCGCCUCGACCCGCAUCCGCGAGCGAGAGCGGGCCGAGAAGCGCCCGCGCACCCCGAUCGUCACCCUCACGGCAUCGACCACCUCCGAGUACCAGGAGCGCUGCACCGCGUGUGGCAUGGACGGCUGGCUCUCCAAGCCCUUCAGCAAGGAGCAGCUCGCCACCAUCAUCGCCACCUGGACACACAAGUACCCCGUGUCGACACCACCAUCGUCUUCAUCAUCAGAGUCGACGCCGUCGUCGCCCGAGUUCUCACCGCCGUCGGACGACGGGUUCGACGCGGUGCCGGCUGCCCAGAACGCGACAACCGAGCCGACGACCACUACCAACUCCGCCGGGGCGGCCACCCCGGGCCAGACCGACCACCCGCAGCGCCAGCACCAGCAGAUCAAGCAGCUCCGCGCGGAGACGGCGGCCAUGCCGAUCCCGUCGUCGGCUUCGGCCGAGCACCUCUCGUCCACGCAUCGCUUCGCCGCCGCCGCCGAUCGCUCUAAUCUUCAUCGCUCGUCCUCGGCCUGA